ACAAUAUCAAAAGAUAUUUCCAGCGAAAAUAAAAGGCACUGGCUAUUGGGAACUGCACCUAAAAUCGUUCGGAAAGGUAGAUAUCGAGAUUGGGAAAGGUCCGGUGCUAAAAUUGGGAAGCCUCCGGUAGGCUUUGGGAAAGGUACCGUUCCCCGGCUGUAGUUAAAGAAGGAAAAAAAACGCUGGCUGUAUAUUAUGAAUUUGCAUUAUGGAUUAAAGCUCACUUUCUGCCACACUGUCUCAACAAUUUUCAUAAUCAAUUAUGGCAUGCAAUUAUUAUAUGAAGCCUAUUAACAACAGUGUUCAAGUGAAUAAUUAGUAAGAAUUGGUUUAAAACAGGCAAAUGGUAAGAAAUACUGUUAAAAUAAGGAUGAUUUAAGGCAGAAAAUGGUAGCAGUUGGAGGAUAGACUGAUAUAAGAGCUGAACAAUCUUAGACAGCACCAGAUACCAAGUAUUCAGAACAGGAUAUUUCUCCGACUGUAUCAUCUGAAUCUCAAACUAGCUCACCAGGCAUCCAAACAGUAAACACAUCAACACAUGGCAAUGAAGUGACUACAGCUACAGCAUCUGCAUUGGUUCCCACUAGGGAUUCAAUGCAGUCAUCGAGAUUGCCAGUUGUUUCAUCUUCAUCCUCUGCAUCAUCAACUUCAGCUUCAUCUUGCACAUCCUCUAAAAUAACUACAAAGUCUGCUGGGAUUGACUCAAAAUCAACUACUCAGUCAAGCCAGAAAAGCGCUUGUUUAUCAACCCACUCCGCUGCCAUAGGUGCAAUAUCUUUUAAACUACAGGAAUCAGAAUCUCCUGAUGUCCCUCUUGACUUGAGCAAAAAUGUGACAAGACCAGAUUUUCACAAAAGAUUGCCUUCGAGAUUUAGUUUGUUAUCCACUCUGAAAUCAGCUGAAUUAGACCAGGAUUUUACUUGCGAUGGAAAUAAUGAUAAUUUUGGAUUUAUGAAUUUGUUACAUGAUGACAAACAACCAGUUAGUGCAUUAGAAACAUCAUUAACAGAGUCCUUCACUGAUGCACAAUUUCAAAAUUCUAAUCAAAGUAUGGCUAAGAGAAAAACUGCUGAGAUGGAAUCACUUGGGACACCUGAUUCAAAAAAGCAGAACAGUUUUGCAAAUUACUCUGCUUCAAGUAGUCCCAGUGUAGGGUCAUCAAGAAAGUCUAGCAGUAAGAAGAAAUGCUCAAUUGAAAAUAUUGUAGCUCGCAUUCGCAUAGAAAAAACAGGUAUGGAGACUAGCAGUUCUAAAGUUAUCAAAUGCUUAGACAUAAGUGCAAACAAUGAUAAAGCUGUGGAGAUUAAAGAGGAGCCAACUUGUGAAAAAGCUAUUGAAAACCCAGUGGACCUCUUAAGACAGCAUUCACAAAAUAUUGAAAAUGAUUUGCCAAAAGCUGACAAAUGUGAAGACAUAACUGAUGAACAAGGCAGUGAUAUUGAUACACAUGCAAAUAACAUAGUAGCAUUUACUAAUAUUAAAGAAGAAUUCAAGGUUAACAAUGUUAACACUUCCAAAAAUAGUUCUGAAAAUGGUGAUUUAGAAAAUUCAGAUAGAAGUAUCAAUUUAGAUCCCAAUCAAACUAUUGUAACAAAGUUGGAUAGUAGGGUCAAAUCUUUGGACAAAUUGCAGAAUAAAUCAAAUGAGGCAACAGUUAAUGAUUUAAAAGUAAAUAAUCCUAAAAAGCGUUCAAAUAGUUCUAGAACUGAAACGGAUGAAUUGUUGCCAAAAAAGAAGCAGAAGCUUCAGCAUGUGACAAAAACUAAGAGCACAGAAGAAGAUAACAAGCGAAAGAUCUCCCAAUCUGACACUAAAGGUACAAGCAUUUCAAAAACAGGAAAUAUUGGUUCGGUCAAUAAAAGUACAAUGAAAUCAAAAACAGAGAGUAAAUGCUCUUCUGACAGUAAAAGUGGUGCAAGCAAAUCAAAAACAGGAAAUAUUAGUCCUUCUGGCAGUAAAAGUAAAAACAAAUGGAAAACAGAAAUAAAUGACCCAAUGCCGGAAAGUCCUACAAAGAAAUCAAUGAAUCAUGAAAAUUCAGAAAAAUUAAGUCCUAAAAAGAAAACAGUUGUUGAUAAAUCUGAUAAACCUUGCAAUGAUGCAAACAAAACAACAAAAGGAAGUGUGAAUUCAAACAGUGACAAGGAAACCAAAUUGUGUCCUGACUCAAAACAAAAAAAGAAAAAUGUUAAAAAGACUAUGUCAAAGAAGAGCAAACUGUCAAUUGCAUGUGGCAGAGUUAAACGUGAGGCAAGCUUAAAUGCAGCUACUCUAGUGAACAUUUUGUGUGAGAAAGCACCCAGAAAUAUAAAACUUGCCUCAAAAAGAUCAAAAUCUGAGUCUGAUAUUAGUAAGACUCCAGAUGCCAAACUGUUGCAAACAGUUAGCAUCAGUGAUAUUGGGUUUGCAGGAAAUCUUUUGGGUAAGGAAAGAGCUUUUAAAAGUCCGAAGAUAACUAAAAGUGGUAAGAUUUUGAAAGAUAAUCUGAGUAAAUACGGAAGUCCAACCAGAAAGGUUAGUUUUACUGAUGAUAUUUUUGAUGAGGUGUUUGAAGCAGUUAUUCAGAGAGGUCUUAUAGAGGGUGUCUAUAAUAAUAAAGAAUCUAAAAAGAUGAAAAGCAGCAUGUCUAAACAGAAACACGUUUCAUUAAUUAAGACAAAUACAAAAUCAGGUGAAGAGUCAUUAUUGAGAAAAAGAAAGGGUACAAUUCUUGAAAAAACUUGUGUGAAAGACAAGACAUUACGCUUAGAAAAAAUUAGGAAAGCAAUAAAGCUGACAGUUAACACAAGAUCACCUGAAGAAAAGGAAGAAGUCAAACGAAAAGCAAGUCUUGCUAGGUUAGCAAGAGCAAAAGAAUUAUUGAAAACAAAGAAAAAGCUGUCUGCAGAAUAUUCAGACAAAAGCGUUGACUCUGAUUCUGAAUUUGAAUCCAGUGAAUCAAGUGAAACAGUUGAUGUGGAAGGGGAAACGAGCACGGACGCUGAAACAAUCCAGCGGUCUAAAGCAAAGAAAGGUGCCUUGUGCAGAUCUGCCCGGACCCAUGUUUCAGUUGAAUCCAAGAGUGUUGUUGAAAAUACCAUGCCUUCCCCUAGGUGGUGCGAGUGCUGUCAGUCAACGUAUUACCCAAGCCAGCCAACCCAUGGCACUCAAGUGUGGAGAAUCAAGCAGCUUGUUGAUAAAGGAACGUCAAAAUCUCCGGAACCCAUCCAGACAUCUAGUCAUCAUUUCAUUGCUGCUCAUGCCAGCUGUGAGGUUCGGCCUUACACGUCACCCUCGCACGUAUCCAUGCUCGACUCUGGGCCCUAUAUGGGUCAGAUUGUACCCCACAGCCAUAUCCAGUGUUCUGCAUGUCACUCUGGGAUAUUUCACGCUUCCUGUCAGAACUGUCCUUUGAUGUCAUGUCAGCGCUAUGGCAACACUUACUCUGUGUCCUACCCACACAGCCAUGGAUCAUAUAUACACUGCGGCUGUGGUAGCUGUUACUCCAGUGGUUCCUACCACCACACGGUGGGCCAAGCGCUCAUCCACCAGUCUGGCAUGCCCAUAUCCACCGAGAGCUCACUUCUUCUGCACCACCCACUGCAACCUGCUGUAUCCAUAACAACACUCUCCCACAGUCACUCAGAGCCCCCUGGUAUGGCCCAUCCGAUGUCGGUGGCACAGUCCCUAAAUACCGAUGGUGGUCGACUUCAGUCCAGUAUUCCGGGUUCAUUGCCACAGUGUUGUCAAGGUGAUCACAAUUCAUUCUCCCGAAUGUGUCAGCUGUCACAAGGGGAGGUCACUAACGUGUCUGUGCUUGCGUCCAGUUCGCCUACGCAUUCGGAUCAUGAGUUUGUUGAUGUGGGUUCUAGAGACGAUUUCUUGAGAUCAGUGUCUUCUGUCCACUUGGAACAAAAAUCAGAUCAUAGUGCGGUACAGUCAAUUAGCUUAAUGAAAAAGAAAAAACAUUCAGUUAAAGAUCCUGCAAAGGUAAAGACAAACAAGAAGUUUGUCAAAACACUAUCUAGUACUGAUAAAGAGAAAAAGAGGAGGAAGUUGGAGAUGUUAAAACUGAAGGCUGAGAAUCUCCUAUCACUAAAGAAGAAAGGAGAGAAAGUCAAAAGCAGCAAAGUAACUUCAGGGAAAUCACUAAAGAGGAAAACCAACUUUAAAGUGCCAAAGGAUGGAGAGAAGGAGACUUCUGAACAAACUAAGGAGGUGAAGCGACCAUGGCAUGGUUGGAGUUGGAUGGGGGAAGGCGUUGUCAAGUCUGUCACGAACAUCUUUGACGGUCAGCCGAUCACAAGGAAGUGCUAUACCGGGAUAGUCCAUGAGGACGGAGAUAUUGUGAAGGUCAAGGACUGCGUGCUGGUGUGUGCAGGGAGGCGAGACCGGGACCUGCCCUUUGUGGCCAAGAUUACUGGCUUCUGGGAGGAACAGGGCUCAGAGGAGAUGAUGAUGUCAGUGCUGUGGUACUACCGCCCGGAGCAUGCUGAGGGAGGGCGUCGGCCUGAGCACCUGGACAACGAGGUGUUUGCGGCCAAGCAUCGGGACGAGACAGGGGUGGCCUGCAUUGAGGACAAGGGAUACGUGCUCACGUAUAAUGAAUACUGCAGAUACCAUGCAGAGGUGGAGAGGGCAAGGUUCAACCUGCCCUCAAGGAAGGCUGUCGUUCCUGUCCCGGAGGAACCCUACCCAGACAACAAGAUCCCACCCGUGGAUGCUGACCCAGAAACAGUGUUCCUUUGCCGUCAAGUGUACGAUAUUAAACUGAAGCGUGUACUGAAAAACCCGUCCUGAUGAUGAAUGUGCUACUGAAACUUACGUUUGUUUACUCAAAACAUCAAUUUUGAUGGUUGAUAAUGAAAUUGUUUACUUAAACUUACGAUUGUGACUCAAAUGUAAACUGAUGAUUGUUGAUUGUGAAAUUGUUGUAUCGUGGUGUGGAAAUGAGCGGCAGAUACACCUGGUUUAUAUUUAUCCCUCAAUUUCCAAUUGUUGCAAUAUUAUAUAUAUAUUUGUUUAUUGUUGUUGCUGAUGUUCAAAUUUUGAAGCAUUUGUUUUAUUGUGCCUAUAUAAUCAUGUCAAUAUUUUAUAAUGCUAUAACUUGUUUUAAGACAAUGGUGAGAUGAGUUUCAUUCUCUAUUUCACUCUUAAUGCAAAAUACUCAAGGGAAAUGACUCAUGUACAUUAUUAAAAGGGAAGUAAUUGAGAUGUACAUUUUUACCUAACUGAAAAUAGUUGCAUUUGUUUAAUACUGGUAUUGUAACUAUCAUGACAUCACCCUAUAAUAUAAUGCCAUUAUCGUGUAAGUACCUGUUAUCGAACAGCACCUAUUAUCGGACGUUUUGUUUUGGUUCUGUAUACACAUGCGCAAAAGUGUGCAUGACGUCACAUUGAUAAACAAAUGGUCGCACAUGAAGUCCAUGACCUACUUGCCUACUAAGCUUGAAACAUAUGCGCCGAAAACAGGUUAAAGGAAAGCAUUUAUUGUUAUAUACACCGUUUUGUGUGUUUUUUGCUAUUACUUUUUGAAUGCAUUUAUCAAAACAUGCAUUUACACACCAAAAAGCAUAUUUCCGUUUGCAAUUUUGAUUGCAGCAGACGCAGAUUUUUUCGCCGAGUCCGGGUCACGUGAUAGUUAUGUGACUUUGUAUAUACUGGAGUAGAUUUUAUGAAGUGUCUGGUAAUAGGUCAUGUUUAUAUCGGCCGCCAUUUUGUUUUGUCUGCUAGAGGUGACAAUAAUCAGGGAAUCAUUGUUAUGAAUUCUUGAAGGUAGUUAGCUGGAAAACUUUACAGAUAAAUCAUUCAAUGAUUAAACUGUUAGUCAUUUGUUUAAAACAAAAUGUUUUUGUCAUUUUAAGUGUUUCAAUUUUAAGGUAAUUUAACGUAAUUUCUUAGGUGUUCGAUAACUGGUUCGUCCACCAUAUAUUAGAAACUUGAUUAGUAAAUUUAAUCUUCAGAUUCUGUCCGUCUAUGUUAACCUCUCCGCCACUAUUGCUUUUGAGCAGAUAUCAACAGAUACACCUUGUUAUUGUUUAUUAUAUUUAAGUUCCAUGUUGUCACUCCUUCUUUCUAGCUCAGACUGUUUAAUUUUACCAACAUGAAUUAGGACAUUGAUAAUUCCUCCAAUUUGACCAGAUUUUUGCUGGACUUUUCUCUGAAUGGUGAUCGUAUUUUUCAUGCAUUUUGGUUGGUGUCAGUGAAAGUCUAUGGUUUAACUUUGCAGGCAUCAAGUACACAUCUUAGUACAUUGUAACUUCUGCAGAUAUUUAAGUGAAGCUUUGUGAAUUUGGGUAGUAUCAUUUUGCAAGUCACUGACAAAGACGUUGGAAUAGUCGAGAGCGUCGCCCUGAGUCAACUGCUAUUAUUGUUGUUUUGUUAAUGUAUAUGUAUGUCAUUGCUGGUUUCAUUUGACCCAUGCCAUGCUAUUUGUAAAAUGGGACUAAUCCCAUAUGUGGCCAGCAUAGCUCCAAGCCAGCCUGUGCAUUUGCUCAGUCUUGUCAAUGGCUUCUCUUUUCCCUAAUGAGACCUUGAUAGCUUGCAUGACUUUAUGGUCGACAGGGUAACUCCUGAACGGACUGUACGGACACUGUGGCUGGUCUGGAGCUACUGCAGCUGCAGGUGCCAUUUUUCAUGACACUGCUCAUAUAACAAUUGUAAUCACUUUGUUUAAUAAUCAUCAGCAUAGAUGAAUGUGUUAACAGGUUACAAUACACUGUUUUUGGCAGCAGCAUAUAUUAUUUUAAUCUCUUGUUGUAAUUGCUCUCAGUCUCUGCCCCUUUUGUAUACAAAAAUGUAGAAUUUCAUAUAAAUUCACUAAAUGCUUUGAAGUAGAGUGUUUGUUGUUUGGAGAUAAUGUUAAUUUUGAUUGUAGGUCAUUCGAAUUUCAGGGUGAAUUAAAAACAUUUUUUUAUGUAGUAAACUUGUAUAACCUCUCUCCUUUAACUCUGUUCUCUUAAAUUCGAUUGUUUCCAAACAAAUGUUUGUUUUGAUCAUUAAUGAAAUUUGUAUAGGGUGAGCUACAUUUUUGUAUUUGCCUGAUUUUUAACAUCACGUUUACUAAAUAAAGACAGUCAAUGAAUUUUAACUUAUCCAUAAAAACAAAUGUUAAUUUAUAUUUAACAUACAUUUAAUUUUCCAUUAGAGUUGUUUAUUUGAAAGAAUAUGAAAUGUGUUUAAUUGUGAGCAUAUGUGAGAUAAUAACAGAAUGUAAUACCCUAAUUACUGUAAGCUAAGAUUUAGAUACGGAAAAUCUUACAAAAAUACAGCUGUCCAAAAAUUUAGAGACAAAAAUUAAAUGUCUGAAAAUUAAAUUUAAAUAAAAGCAAUACAUCAAUGCACAAUCGUGGUUCUACUUUAACAUAAAAACAAAUUCACCGCUUUUGCUUACUCUUGCCUGAAAUGAUACAGAACAAAAAAAGCAAAAGUAAAAACAUAAAACAUACUGCUUCCUUAAUAUAAGAUAUCAUUUAAAAUUCUGAUGGGUGAAGCGAUUGUUUUCUACUGGUAUACCUGGUUAUUUAACCAAUCACGCAAAUGUUAUGGUUUAUUUCCCUCAGGCAAGCCUCUCCCAGGUUUUAUGAACUUAAUCCAUUUGUAAAACCCCAUGAUCAAAGUGUCGCAAGAUUAGCGAAUACAGUGAAAUCUGGUAUAAUAGAGCUGUAAAAUAUACUGUCCAAAAAUUUAGAGUCAUUAAUGAGACGAAAACGGGCACGUCCGAAAAUUACUAGUCACAAUAAAUAAUUAUUUUGACCAAAAAAGGGGGUGUCUGAAAUCUUAGAGUAAUUACAAUAGGCAGUAAAUACAUUUUAUUGAGUAAUAAAUAAAUUAAAUGAUAAAUACCCAUAAAUUGUAUUUAACACCACAUUAUUGACUAUAUGAAAUGUUUCUUUUAGCACUCUUAACAUGAUAUCUGAGAUUCUAACUGUAUUGGGAGCAACGUUUUUUCUAUUCCUUUAUUGUAAAUUUAUCAUAAAUGUUCAUCCUUCAUCUUUGCUGCCCUUAAGUUAGUCUGCAUGUUUAGACAUUAGAUAGCCCCAUUUUAAAACUCGACAUCAAUAAACAUAAAGCCCAUAUGACCAACUAAUUGUGUAGAUCACAGUAUUAUUAUUGAUGUUUUGUUUUUUCCUAAAUAAUCACAAGAAAUUGUUUGUUCUACUUAUGCUUGUAUUAUAUCGGUUUAUUUGUCAUAAUGAAUUAAUUCAAAUUAUUGUAUUCUAUCUUGUUAUCGUAAUUUAAUGAAAUAAACUAACCAUGUGUUAGAUGUUUUAGAAUGGCUUUUUGCUUAGUUUAUGUACUGUUUUUAAAGCAUUUAUUUUAGAGAAUGUAUUUUCAUUUAGUAUUGCCUGUUGUUGCAUUGAGAUAAAUUUUAAAUUUUAUAAACAUUGUUUAUAUUUGAUUUUGGAUAAAGUGGUAUAAAAUAAAAAUGUUUUUAUAAAUAGUGUAUAAACUCUCUGAAUUUUUCAAAAUUCUCUUUUAAAGUUGAUACAGGUUCUUAAGAAAAAAAAAGAGUAGAACUUGGUGUUGUCGAUUAAUUUGUUACCCUUAUUGACAGUAAAAUAAAGCUGUUAACUUGU